AAAAGCAAGAUGAGCGAUUCCGAAGAUGACAGUCAAGAUGACAGUGCACUUCCGAGUCGCGAAGAGUGUGAAUCGCGAUGCCAAAAGUUUGCCGAGGUCACCGGAACGGAUACAGCUUUGGCCAUGUUCUAUUUACAGGACGUAGAAUGGAAUGUUGAUACUGCCCUAAACAAAUUUUAUGAAGCACACAGUGAACAAGAAACAGCAAACUUAAAGAGAAAGAUUAAAAGUGAUGAAGAGGAUGUGGAAUACUGCAAGCAAUCAAGAAAAGAAGAGAUUGAUCCAGAACCACACAGGAUUCGCCUGAUGUCCUGGAACAUAGACGGACUUGAUGAUGUUGCUGUUCAGAGAAGGACCAAAGCUGUUUGUGACACCAUCAACAAAGAGAACCCUCAUGCUGUGUUUCUACAGGAAGUGACAUCUGUAACACAAGCAAUUUUGGAGUCUGGCUGUCCUACAUAUCAGAUAAUUCCGGGAGGAAAAGAGGAAUAUUACACCUGUAUGUUGGUGAAGGUAGGAAUGGUAGAGGUGAUACACCACCAGACACUUCCCUUUCCUAACACACUUAUGCUGAGGAACCUCCUGCUUGCACAGUGUAAGAUCAAGGGAGAAGACUUCGUGUUGAUGACAUCUCAUUUGGAAAGUACUAAAGACCAUUCCAAGGAACGUGUGGCUCAGCUGCAAAAAGCUUUUCGUGUGAUGCAGAAAUCUUCAAAGUCUUGUACGGUCAUAUUUGGAGGAGAUCUGAACUUGCGUGACAAAGAAGUAGCCGGUAUUGGAGGUCCACCUCCAGGUAUCAAAGAUGUCUGGGAGAUGACUGGUCAAAGACCAGAGGCAGCAUUUACCUGGGACAUGUCGAGGAAUGACAACAAAACCUUCCCCGGGAAGUUCAAGCCCAAGUUAAGAUUUGAUCGCUUGUACAUUAGAGGGGCUGAAUCACCUGUCAUUGAACCUGUUUAUCUAGAACUAGUUGGACUGGAACGUGCUCCAAAGUGCGGAAAAUAUCCUAGUGAUCAUUGGGGAUUAUUGUCACACUACAAUAUUAUAUCCAAGGUCAAGAAACUUGUUUCAAAAGUUAAAUAACAUAACUGUACAACUUCUUGUUUGUGUUGCAUUGAAAAAUGAUGCCUUGAUUAUGAUCAGCUGUAGAAAUGCCAAUUUUUCUAUCUUACUUCUGCCAGGAGAAGUUUAAUCUUUGUACUGAUGAUGGACAUAUGGAAAUGAUUCUCUCCAUCAUAGAAGAGUUCUGAUUGAAGGAUAUGCUGUUUUAAUUCUGUUUUUGUUAUGUUGGUACUUCACACCUGGUUGUUAUGUUGGUACUUCACACCUGGUUGUUAUGUUGGUACUUCACACCUGGUUGUUAUUUAAAUGUCCUAAGUUAC